GACUGCUGCAGCAUUAGCCUUCUCUCUAACCUCCCUUUCCUAGCAAAUGCACCCCUCCCCACACCUGAAGUUGCUGGUGGCCCCUUCUUCCUCUGCACCUGCCCAAGUAUCACAGGACAGGCUGAAAAUUCCGAGAAGAGAUCAACUCUAGCUGGAUCUUCAGCACUAAGGCUCAUAGGGGUUACUACAUCCAGGAUAAAAGUAGGGCAAUGCCAAGGAGCUGGUGAAGACUUAAUUUUUUUCCAAGAAUGGUUGACAGUACCAAGUAUGAAGUGGCUGCCCAGCAUGAUGAAGAUGCGUCCUCCUUGGCCAAGGAGUCCAAUUCAAAGCCCGAACAGAUAAAGUUGAAGAAGGAGAUCUCCUUGAUCAAUGGGGUGUGCCUGAUUGUGGGGAACAUGAUUGGCUCUGGUAUCUUUGUUUCACCUAAAGGUGUACUCAUGUACAGUGCUUCCUUUGGUCUCUCUCUUGUUAUCUGGGCUAUUGGGGGUGUCUUCUCUGUCUUUGGAGCUCUUUGCUAUGCUGAGCUGGGGACCACCAUCAAGAAGUCUGGGGCCAGCUAUGCCUAUAUCCUUGAGGCCUUUGGGAGCUUCUUGGCCUUCAUCCGACUCUGGACUUCCCUCCUUAUCAUUGAGCCCACCAGCCAGGCCAUCAUUGCCAUCACCUUUGCCAACUACAUGGUACAACCGAUCUUCCCCAGCUGUUUUGCUCCAUAUGUUGCUGGACGCCUGAUUGCAGCUGCCUGUAUCUGUCUCUUAACCUUCAUUAACUGUGCUUAUGUCAAGUGGGGAACAAUGGUACAGGACAUUUUCACCUAUGCGAAAGUACUGGCCCUGAUUGCAGUCAUCAUUGCUGGCAUUGUCAAAAUAGGCCAGGGACAUACAACUAACCUUGAGAAUUCAUUUGAGGGGUCUUCAUAUUCGAUGGGAAAUAUUGCCUUGGCACUGUAUUCUGCUCUUUUCUCUUACUCUGGCUGGGACACUCUCAACUAUGUCACAGAGGAGAUCAAGAAUCCUGAAAGGAACUUGCCCCUCUCCAUUGGCAUUUCCAUGCCCAUUGUCACCAUUAUCUACAUUCUGACCAAUGUGGCCUAUUACACUGUGUUGAACAUGAAGGACAUCAUGGACAGUGAUGCUGUUGCUGUGACAUUUGCCGACAGAAUUUUUGGAAUGUUCAACUGGAUAAUUCCCCUGGCUGUUGCCUUAUCCUGUUUUGGGGGUCUCAAUGCUUCCAUUGUGGCUGCUUCCAGGCUCUUUUUUGUGGGCUCACGAGAAGGCCACCUCCCUGACGCUAUCUGUAUGAUUCAUGUUGAAAGAUAUACUCCGGUGCCAGCCCUGCUCUUCAAUGGAGCCAUGGCGCUUAUCUACUUGUGUGUGGAGGACAUCUUCCAGCUCAUCAACUACUACAGCUUUAGCUACUGGUUCUUUGUGGGUCUCUCCAUUGUGGGGCAGCUCUACUUACGCUGGAAGGAACCCGAUCGAAACCGGCCCCUCAAGCUCAGUGUGAUCUUCCCCAUUAUCUUCUGCCUUUGUACCAUCUUCCUGGUGGCUGUCCCUCUUUACAGCGAUACCAUCAAUUCCCUUAUCGGCAUUGGCAUUGCCCUCUCAGGCCUACCCUUUUACUUCUUCUUCGUCAGAGUGCCAGAACACAAAAGGCCAUACUGCCUCCGAAGAACUGUGGCUUUGGCCACAAGAUAUCUCCAGGUCCUGUGCAUGUCGGUUGCUGCAGAGAUGGAUUUGGAAGAUGGGGAAGAGAUGCCCAAGCAACAGGACCCCAAGUCCAACUAAUCAAUUACUUGACUUCUCUUAUGAGACUCUGAAGGCAGGGAAUUUCCUUUUCUUACUGGCCAGGGCCAAAGAGAUAGGAUCCUCCUUCCAUGAAGACAACCUACCAAGUCCAGAUCUGGCUUUGGGACAGCUUUAGAACCUUUUGAACUUAUUCUUUAAGAGAAUGGAGAAUAAUUUAUUGUUUUUAUUACUUCUUGUACCAAGUUUUUCAAUGGAAGUUUGGGGGUGGGAACAAACAUGCCUUGGGCUUAGUUUCCCUAUUAGCAGGUCCUAAGGAGGAGGAGCAGGUGCCCAGAACUUUCACUCACUGAAUUCUGUACCACCUACUCAUCCCUCUUUCCCACUGGGAACCCCACUAGGGUUAGCAAUGCUCCCGGCUUUCUGUCUGCAUCAGGGAGGAACCCAUCAAAGGGGCAGAAGGCACUUGUAGGACCAUCUUGGAUAACAAUAAAAGGGAUGACA